AUGAGAAAUGAAGUCGCGACUCCACUGAUGCUGGCGGCCAAGAGCGACGACCCGGAAAGCUGCCUCAAGGAGUUGGAAAGUGACGCGGACGCCUUCGAAGCGGCAAAGAACGAGUCAGAAGAGACGCCUCUCCAGAUGGCUCUGCUCUCGGGAAGAAUCGAUGCGGCUGAGAAUCUGUUGAAGUCCGGCGCCAACGUCGAUUUGAAGGUGAACGGAAAGAAUGUGCUGCACCUCUGCGUUGAGAAGAACAUGCUCAGCAGUGCCCAACUCGUGCACAAACGGAGCGACAAGCAGAUCCAAGAACGCGACUCCACGGGCAGAAAAGUGAUUCACGUUGCGGCUGAGAAUGCGGAUUUGUCCAUGUGUAAAUGGUUGGUCGAGAAGGGCGCCGACGUCACGGCUUUGUGCCACGAGAAAAGGUCCAGCGCCCUGCACCGCGUUGGGCUUAAUGUGAAAUAUGGAAGUGAGGAAGAGCUGACCAACUUCUUCAAAACCCUGGGCUUCAGCCUUGAAAAACGAGAUAAGGAAGACCUCACUCCCCUCCACUACGCUUUGAGGGCUGGAAAUCUGAAGGUUGCUUCGGAUAUGGUCAAGCUUGGAGCCAAUUUAAGGGUGAAGUCAAACAGUCUGAACUUUCUCCACUACUGCGUGAGGCACAAUUACUUGGAAAGUGCCAAAUUCAUUCACGAAAAGGACGAAGAGUUAAUCAAAAUGGUAUGCCAAAGUGGGGGAAGGACCGUUCUUCACAUUGCAGCAGAGUUUGCAGACAAGGAAAUGUGCCGUUGGUUGGUCAGUCAGGGUGCCAGUGUUUCUACCCUGAGCGGAGACGCGGAAAAUAACGUCCUUCACUUCGCCGCACUGAAUUUUACUCACGGAGUAGCGCUGACUAAAUUUUUCCAUGAUUUUGGAAUUGCACUCAACGAACGGAACAAAUUUUGCUUGUCGCCGCUGCACGUUGCCCUCGAAUGUGAAAACCUGAAAGUUGCGUACUAUUUGCUAAACCUCGACGCCAACAUAAACUUGUACAUCGACCAAUCGAACCUGAUGCACUUUUGCGCCACAAGAAACAAACUCGACGCAGCCAAGCUCUUGCACGAAAGGAACCCGGAGUUGAUCAAGGGAUUGUGUUUCGGCGGCAGGACAACUCUUCACACCGCAGCACAGUUUUCCACCGUCGAGUUUUGCCAGUGGCUCGUCGAGAACGGCGCCAACCCGAAGGUUCGCGAUAACCUUGGCCGUUUAGCCUGGCACUAUGUCCCGCAUGGGGAAAAUGAACUAAAAACAUACCUUGAACAAUUCCAGAUCUAA